ACUAACCUUCAAUGGCGGCCAAAAUCACAAAAUCUGCGCAUGUAUGAAGCGGUUCGGAAUUUUGUCUAUGGAAGGAGUUGGAAGUGCUCUUCGGAGUGUUAUUUCUCGAGUAAAAGAAGUAACAGCAAAGCGGUCGAGUGAGCUUCCUAAAACAGCUCCUCGUCUGGUUGCAGUCAGCAAGUUAAAGUCAUUAGACUAUGUUAUUGAAGCUUAUGACAAUGGACAACGACAUUUCGGCGAAAACUACGUUAAAGAACUGAUAGAAAAGUCAAAAGAUGUAAAGAUUCAGCCACUUAAUGACAUAAGGUGGCAUUUUAUUGGUCAUUUGCAGAGUAACAAAUGCAAUAACCUUGUUGGAGUGCCAAACCUUUUCAUGGUGGAGACUGUGGACAGUGUGAAGCUUGCCAACUCUCUUAAUGUUUCCUGGGGAAAACUAAACAAACCCAGUCCUCUUAAUGUUAUGGUACAAGUUAACACAAGCAAAGAAGAAAGUAAGAGUGGAUGUUUACGUGAUCGAUGUGCAGAGCUUGUGGAACACAUUAUCACCCACUGUGCGCACUUAAAGUUUUCAGGACUGAUGACCAUUGGGGAAAUGAAUCAUGACUGGAGUCAACGUCCCAAUCCUGAUUUCACUACUUUGGUUGACUGUCGCAAGGAUAUUUGUGAGAAACUAAGUCUUAGCCUUGAGAAUGUUGAAUUGAGUAUGGGAAUGUCAAGUGAUUUUGAGGAAGCUAUUUUAAUGGGAAGUACAAAUGUUCGAGUGGGUAGUACCAUAUUUGGUGCAAGGCAACCCAAACAGGCAAGCAAUGUUUCUUCAAUGCAGGGGAGCACUCAGCUUACCUCACAGGAGGCAAAUUUAUCUGAUGCAUCACAACAGAAUGUUACCAAGGAUGGCUUACCAAACCUGGCCGCAUUGAACACAGACAAUUCAACUGAUAGAGAUUCACACACUGCACUCAACAGUACUACAUAACAACACCACCGUUUUCAUCUUUUUUGAUCUUCUUCAACCUUGAACACUAGACGAGUUUCCCUCAAUUGGAAGAUCGAUAUUUUGUUGAGAUAUUUAAAAAAUGUUUGAAUCGGAAGCAAACUCAGUGGUUGGAGGUGAAUUCUUCCUGUGUUCGUGUCAACAUUCAAGUGCUAUAUCCUGAUGUUGAAAUGCUGUGAGAAGAAAAUUCCAAAUUCAAUUUGUAGCACAGAUUGAUUCCUUAACAUUUGCUUAUAUUAAACUUGAAGCUAUACUAGCUUAUGUAAUACUGAAGACACAUCAUCAUGAGUAACUUAUUUAAGAAUUGCCAUGAAAAGGCGGUCGAAGGGACUUACUUAGUUUUAUGUUGACUUUGCCUUCUAUGUGUACGUAUAAAGAUGGGGAAAUGGGUUUUAGCUGGUUAUAAGAAAUUCAUUUUCAACUACUUGCCGACCUUUUCUUGCCACUAAUGGUUUCGAUGCCGGUUUAAAAAUGGGAGAAAGAAGUUUUAAGUUUUUGUCUCGUUAUAUUAACGUAUUUUCGCCGAAGCACUGAGAAAAGUAAAAUUAUAACUAUA